AUGUCUGAGACGGCGAUGAUGCCAGGAGAGCAGCUGGAGGGUCUGCAGCAGCGGUUCCAGCUGCUGGGGCUGAUGGAGGAGCAGGCGGUGUCCAAAGGUGACCUAUUGCCUGCCUACGCUCGCCUUAUCGGCACUCUGGCAGCACAGAUCGGAUUCUUCUCUACGGAAUUCCCUGAGGAAGUCUGUAGCAGUACAGUGUCAGCGUAUGCAAUAGAAGACUCCCAGACCGAGCCGAGGUCCGCGGACUACUUCCGUUACCAGCAAUUGCGGACGGAUCCUGGGCAGGACCCUCAGCAGAUAAACCUUUACCAGGGGCCAUGCCCACCGUCCCAUCCGAAUGCUCUGGCUUACUUGGAUAGCUCUUUAGCAGGGAGGAUGGUGAAUAAGUCCUAUACGUAUGUGUGCCGUACUACAGACUGGGUGCCGGAUGGGGGAAUGGAACCUCUGCCUCAUAGCAGAGACCAGGUAGGGACACGGCAGACUGUUCGAUUCGGCCAAUGUGCCGUGAUUAUUAUCGCUCUCGAGAUUGGCCUACAGAUAUGUGUCUACGGCGCACGACUGGUCCCUCCGAUGCCUGGACGGCGCGGAGGUAUAUUCUCUAGACAGAAGCAACCGGUGGCUUAUGGCUUCGAUACGACCUUCUACUUCACCGUGCUCCAUGCCUCGCAACACUGUCCAGUGUUGGCCCCGACCAGCGGAGGACGGCGAUGGUGUAUGCCGCAGGGGGGCCGAGGCUUCGCCUUCCUAGUGCAGAAUGAGGGCAGUCCGCCGACUCUAGAUGAAAAGAUAUCAGCAAUGGAGGCUGGUCAACUGGGCUACAGCUUUGCACGCAACCUGGCUGUUGAAUUUGAUUUCUACCGGGAUACGGAAACGGCUGAUCCCAGCUGGAAUCACAUCGCUGUGAUGGUCCCUUGGGCGCGGCAACUCAGUGAGGGUGAGACUUUGAACUCGGCUGACCACGCUUCGAAUAUGCUGGCGGAGGCCACUGGUGACCGUCUCCCUCAGCUCAACAACGGCACGCAUGAGGUUAGGAUACGUUAUGACGUCCAGGCAGGGGAGCCGAGGUGGGAUAGGGCCUUUACGGGCUGGUCCAGCGACUUCAUAGGAGGAACUCAGCAGCUCAACACACUCGAAAAUUGGGCCAGUGGUCGCAUAGGGGCACUUAGUGUCGAGAUCGAUGGCCAGGUGGUCAUCAAUACACUGGUAGACCUUGCUAAGGUGGUACGCGUUGAUGAUGUGUCAACGUACGAGUAUCCUAAUGUCACUAUGGGAGACGGUGACCCUAGACCUGGUCAUGCCUGGGUCGGCUUUGUCGCGACCACUGAUCUCGACCAUUAUGCGGCACCAACAAUACUGAGUUGGAAGUUGAAGACCCACGAUAGAUGCCCCGGCGGGGAUUAUGCACGAGUGGUUGUUGGCUCGGCGAGUGGGGAGGAUCGUGAUGGUCUGGUCUCUGCAGGGGUCGCGGUAUGUGAUAAUGAGUAUAGGCCAGCAGACACUCGUCAGACGUGCACUGGCACUAUGGGGAACACGCACUGCUCUAUAAUUAUCCAGAAUACUGGCCGAACCGCGGUAGAGGUCUCUGCUGCGUAUACAGAUGGUCUCCCAAUGAAUUUCACCAAUUCUCCACGUGUCGCGGUAGACGCUACGCAGACGGUCUCUGUGAAGGCCUUCCGAAGUCGGCCAUGCAGUAAUGGUCUCCUGGAGUGGGACCAGAUCCAUCCAUAUUUCCUGGGCUGCCAGAAGGAGUUUCGAUAUACUAAUACUCUACAGGCCUUGGUCAUCACCAGUCAGGACGGGACCAGGAGUGUCAAGGUCGAUGAUGCCCAUCUGCUCAACGUUGCUACUGGAAUUGGAACGGUAGCCUUUAAGAAACGUUCCCCCUUCCGUUACUGUGUGAUGGAGCAUCGACAUAAUCCUUAUCGUCUCUACUUUGCCCAGUGCGACUGCGACUACUGCACGAGGAUCUUCGCCAUUCAAGACAUGUAUGCCGUGUUCCACCAAGCUAGUUGCGGGGCUAGGUAUGGCUUCACGUGUACCUGUCUGGAGGCCUCUCAAAUGACUUGGACCGCGCUGGAGUCGUCCUAUUCGGUGGUCGCCGAUCCGUGGAGGCUCAUGCCGCCAGUCGGUGGCCUUAGUGAGGGAAGACCACUGUUACAGUAUCAGAGGCACUCCGUAUGCCGAGGAUGCAAGUAUGACACCCAUUGUGGGUUCGUGUAUAAGGCAGGUGUAUGUAGUACGGCUUACCAAGUGUAUCGUAUUGGUAACCCGACUACGCCACUAGUCACUCCCCAGCCUAGGUUUCUCAACUGGACUCGAGAUAAUGGUGAAGUGAAUGACGGCGAGAUCAAGGGUGAUUCGUGUGACUGCCUCGAUAUGGGUGACAACGCGAACCACUUCAUCAACCUGCGAGGCCAGAUGCAGUCACAUGACGUCUUUUUACUCAGAACGCUGCAGCAGUCGAAGGAGGAGUGCUUCGAUUGUCUGGCCCUCUACGACGAUGAUUUCUGCAAGUACCAGUGCGGCCCACCAACUCGAGCCGCCCUCCUUCACUGGCCCGCUGGGCAGAGCUGUGGAACCUGUAUGUUUGCUGGGCCCAAGAUGUUGGAGUUGAAUUACUAUUAUAGGAAUCAGCUGAAGGAGUGUGCCUACUCGGCAAUCAACGCCGGCAGCGACCCUUGGAUAGCCUGUCAGGAUCUGGCCACGACUUUACCUCCGCUCUUCGAGAACACGACCGAGCUCUUCAAUGGUGUUGCCACACACUUCCUCACUGAGUGCCCUGGUCGGGACUUCACUGAGGUUGGGGCGGUUUGUGCUCCCAACAUGUUGGCCAGGGACAGCAUGCCUUCACAAGUCCUGUCGAGACUCUCUGCCAUGAACAACACGGUAUGGAACGACGGUCUGGAGUGCAUCAACGCAAUGUGUGAGCUCGUUAGUAGCAGCAAUUGCUACUCCAAGUUGGUGAGGUUGGUCUUCAAUAGCACUAAUGGUUGCUAUGACUCCCUGGGCUCUGGUCUGGGCUGCUAUAUCAUGAACGGUGCUCCGAUUGUGGACGACGCGAUGAUCUUGGAUAAGACGCAGAAGCAGUGGGCUUAUACUGACCCUUUGCCGGCCUCGUGGGGGCAGCUACAGGACAAGACCAUGGAAGUUUGGGUUACUGUGGGCAGCAGUGAGACGGUGACCAAUGUUGGGGUCAAGAACGGUACCACUUCGAUCACUACCUCUGAGUGGAGCGAGGCCUAUGAACCACAGAUGGCCGUCGAUGGAGAUAUGGACACCUACUGGUCAAGCCAUGUGAGUGAUACCUCGGUGUUCGAGGCCGAGUGGGAGGUCCACUUUAACGGCACUAUCUAUGCUGAGGCCACUGUCAUUCAUUGGUUCUAUCGGGCCUUGGACUUCGACAUUGAAACCUCCAUGGAUGGUGGUCUAACAUGGUCCCAGGUGGGAGUCCAUGAAAACAAUGAUCUCAACACUACGACUAGCACGGUGUUCUUCUCGGCUAACGUGUUGCGAAUUCGAAUGCAUCGAGCUGCAUUGGUCAGAGGCCCCGGACCAAGUGCCGGUUUGUUCGUAUACAGUAUAAGAGAAGUUGAGGUGAAGCUCGACACCAACAUCGCCAGGCUGAAGCCAGUGACCGCGGUGAACAGGUGGAACUAUCCCGCGUUAUAUGCCUUUGAUGGUGACCAACGGACGUGGUGGAGUGCUAGGCCUGGCCAAGACUCGGCAUGGGUACAAGUGGAUCUGGGCCUGGUAUGGAGUCCGGUGAGCCUGGUUAAAGUGAGGUUUAGGAGGGGUUAUGUUCCCGCUGUGAUGGCCUUAUCUUACAGCAGUGACGGUUUGAUUUGGUCCGCUUUGGCUUGUUCGACCAGCACUUGUGAUACAGCGUCACCUGUCGAGACCAUGGACCUACCUUUCGACCAUGUCCCUGGCGGUCUGGCCUUCCAGUACCUCAAGAUGGACCUAUCACAGGGGGCAUCAUAUUACUCCUCGUCAAUAAUACAAGUGGCUGAAGUGGAAGUCUAUGCCUGGACCACGACCAACGUCCUGACCACUCUGGUGUAUCCCUCUGACCUAAUCUGUAUCAAUCAGCGCACGCUCGCAUCAUGCGGUGAUCCCUCAUUGGCCGUGGAUGAUCGUACCGAUGCCGAGUUCAUCAUGGAGUCAUCAGAUGCCAUUGUGAUGGACGUCACGGCCAUCACUGCCGGUGGGGUCGCCCUGGGACGGUUCGAGGUCGUUUUUGGUGCGGUCCACCCCGCUCGGGCCUUUGGCUGGCUGGUCUCGACUGAUAACGGCCUUUCCUUCACCGAGAUCUACUCCGAGUCCCAAAACCUGCUCAGUAGUCCCGAUGCUUUCACGUACAUCUCAGACCGUCCAAUACAUCAAGUGAAGUUCAUCAUGUAUGAGCCACACGCUGAUGCGGCAGAUGCUGGGGUGUUGGAAAUUAGAGUCUAUAGCCUCACCUCGAACCUAGUUCUGGGCCUGGACCCCACCAGCAACUACCUGGCCGAGGGUACAUGGUCAGCUUCGGAGACUGCCGAUGGUGAUGCGGUGGUCCGGGGAGACCCAAUGCAUGCAAUUGAUGGCAAUAACGAUACGGAUUUCCGAGUGCCCUAUGGUGCCCGACAGCCAUCAUACCUCGCUGCAACAGGCGUGUCCGCUACUGGUGCUGUAUCGAGCAUCACCGAUUUCGCAUUCGACAUCGACUUGGGGGCUACACUAACGGUGGACGUUGUUCACUUAAAGUUCAGCUAUCGAUCGGCUGCGUUUCGAAUACAGUUGAGAUGGUCUACGACGAGUUCUUGGUCAGAGACUUGUGAGUGGGCGUCAGCUCUGGGGGAUCUAGGGGUUACCAGUACUGAGACGCUCGCUGAUUAUGCCUGCUUCUCGGGCCGUAUAGUGAAGAUAGACUCCUUCAACUACUACUACGUGAUCCCUAUCACAAGUUUUGGCACCUACCAUCGUCGGUCGCUGAGAGUAACAUUGAUGAGGGAUAGUAUGAUGGACCAGGCGGGAGAUGACUGGAUCAUGGGCCUGUCCGCUGUGGAGGUCUAUUCGGCGUUCGAGAACAUUGCCUUGAAGAGCACUCCCUUGAUCUCCCAAAUAUCCACGCCGUCAGCCGACCCGGCCCUCGCCAUCGAUGGUCACUUUGACACGUACUGGUACACUACGGUGUCGGCAUCCUCCAACCCGACCUAUACUCUAGACCUUGGCUCUUGUGUGUACAUAUCCCAGGUUACGCUAUGGUUCGGGGCACAGGCCUACACCUCUACAGAGUUCACUAUACAAGGCAGUCCUGAUUGUACAGACUACUCGGACCCUGGGCAGACCUAUGGACCUGGCAAUACCAACCAGGCACCGACUUUUCCCUCAGCGGCCGGGGUCUACUUAUCGGUCUCUCUAGGGUGUAUACAAUGCGUUAGAGUAACCUUUCAAGCUGGACCACCAGACGGCUUGGUCAGGAUUGCGGAGCUCGAAGUGAAACUGGCUGAUGCUGCCUUCCUAGCAUCCUACGACAGUUCCCUCAUCGGCGCUGAAUACGCCCUUGAUGGUGUGGCGGCCACAACGGCGACGACACUGGAUGCUGAUGGUGUGCAUUAUCUACAGGUCACUCUCGGCAGUCUUCAGACAAUCUGGGGCGUAAGGGCGGUCUUUGAGCCCUCAUCGUUCCCUAGAGGGUACACUUUGGGUAUCUGCUCCGAGUCUGUUGUGACGAAUUGUGACUGGAGCUCACUUACAGUCUAUACGACUGACGUGAACAGGGACAACAGUCUGGUCAUCAGCUUCGAGGCUCGUCCAGCUCGGCAUCUCAUGUUCAGUUUGAGACUUCCAGCUGAAUUAGCGGCGGAUACCUUCUCUAAGGACUAUAGGUUGGCGACUUUCGAGGUGUACCAGUCGAGCAAUAUCGCUUUGACUAGUCUGGGGGCAACAGCAAGCGCCAACGCGUACUGGAACCACUCCCCUUCGAAGGCUCUCGAUGGGGACGACUUCACCUUCUGGAGCAGUGAGGUGGAUGCCAAUGAAGCAGAGCUUGUCAUAACACUACAGGACAUCACCACGACUACAGUCCUCCGGCCUUAUUUCGUAUCCCUGGUCUCCAUAGUGUUCCGAGAUGAGCCCCUCGACUUUGACAUAUACUCGUCACUCGACAACAGCGUAUGGUCACUCCUAAAUAGCUACCAGGAUAAUACCGCUAAGAACAUCAUCGUAACCGAUACUUUCGAUGCCAACUAUUUGAAGAUAGCCAUGACCCGACGAGCCUAUGACCUCGCUACGGCUGGUGGCUUUUCGCAGCCCAAAUUGUACAGUAUAUAUACCGUAGAUGUCACUCAUUCGCCACAGCUCCAGUUGGGGAAGACCAUCUGGUCCGAUACCCAGGCUGAUGCUGGGGACUACGGUCCUGAGAAGGCCCUGCAGGGUCUAAAUUCAACCUUCUGGAUCCCGAACCCUGGAUCGGAGGGCUCACCGUCCGCUACCUUCGAGAUGGCUGCUGCUGGGUCCUCCGUGGAGGUCUCAGGGAUAAUAUUCACAUGGUUGGCCGUACCUAGGGACUACACCAUCGCGUAUUGGGACCUGACACGAGCUGCUUGGAACUGGACGGUGAGCUCUAUGUUUGAUCACAGUGGGGACCAGAACAGUCUUCAUGGUUGCCAGGAGUCCUCAUCCGGCCUGGCCAUCAAUAGCACACAGCAGACCACCUAUCUACGCCGAGGGUUCGACAGCGACAAAUUCCGCGUGACGAUCGAUGCUGCCAACAGCUACCAGGGUGUACCUUUAACAGGUUCUCAUGUUGCACCAAAUUGGAACUCUACAACUAUAUGCAAGCGGUUUGUUGUUGAGCUGGAGGACCUCAGCGGAAAGUACACUCAAGUGAUGGCAUACGGCGACAACACGAACGCUGUGAAUGAGGUGUUGUUCUUCCGUCCAGCUCGGCACAUUCGGGUGAGGAUGUACGAGAACCUAGACCCUCAAUCGACACAAUAUCGUAUAACGGAGAUUGAAGUAUGGAAGGCUGAGGAUAGCCAGCAACCUCUCGGGGCCUCUGCUGGCAUAGACGAUCUAUUCACCACUGACGCUGCCAACGCGAUAUCAUCCAAUAACUCGACGAUGUGGAUGUCGGUGCCCGGACCACCGCAGGAGCCAGGCAAUGUGACUCUGGACCUUUUGGCGGUGUACCCGGUGAUCAUGGUCCAGUGCCUGUGGGGCAUGCAGCCAGCUACUAUCGAUGAUAGACGUUUUGAGAUAUCAGAGGACUUCAUAGUCUGGUCGGGCGCUCGUGAUACCAUAUGGCACCCGGAUCGCUAUGGAGAUAACACCUCUUUGGUGCAAGUCAUCGCCAUAAAAGAGUUUACCUUGCUCGAGCACGCUGGUGGUGGUAGUGUCUUUGGAAUAGAGGACUGCUCCGGUUCGAACUGUGGAUUACGGGAUGCAUCUGCUGAUAGAUACGACACAAUAACCUAUGGUUUGCGUGAACCGAGGGAAUGGUUUUUAGCAUCGGAAGCGGACAUCAGGAGCCAAGACGUAGUGGGAACCAAGGAGAACACCAUGCAGAAAGUUCACAUCGUUGCGGUAUUCGGUGGUAACACCAUUACAUUGUACCGUAAUGGACAGCAGUACGGUAGCUCUUACAACGGCUCGGCGAUAAGCGCGUCAGCAUGGGAUAGCAACGCCAGGCUGAUCAUGGGGAUUCGGUCCACUGCGUACGUCGGCCUCUCGACAGUCUCUAUCUUCAAUGGUACGCUAUUGGAAGGCCUCACUGGACUUCACGAUGAUACUCACGAUAACUUCUUCUCGGGGGCUAUACAUUCAGUGACUCUCAUUAGAGGAGCUCUGUCAGCUGAGGAGGUCUUGGGCCUCUACGAAAACAAUGCCGGGAAACCCGAGCGAGCGUGUCAUUGUGGGCAUCGUGUGUGCCCUAGUGGUCCAUCACGGUUCCUACCUUCAGUACAGGUCCCUUGCUCGGGCCAAGGAGUGUGCGUUCGCAACGUGAGUGCAGACGGCCUCACCCAGACCGGUAGCUGUGUCUGUUUACCGGGCUACAGUGAUCCUUGUCAGGUCCGAACUGCUCAGUGCAUUGCUCUGAAAACGGAGGCUGCUGUAAAAUUGAUGACGAUUGCCCUUAUGACCGUCAUUGUGAUGAACUCACCAGCAGCUGUGUCAGCUAGUAUCGAUGAUUGUUUGGAGACUUCCUCAUGCUCCGUCAUGCAAUACUAG